UUCGCGGAAGAGGAGUGCGGUUAACAGCCGGAUACGCGUUUCAUCUGGACUCGCUAAGCUCAGUUGCGAACGACAGUCGUUCAUCGCAGAUCCUUCAGUUAACUCGUUCUUUAAACGAUCUCUGGUUAGUGUAUUUCACUCAUCUUUCUUCUUUUCAUUUAUCUACAUAAUAUGUAGUAGUAAUCAAAAAGAGUUUAUCUUCGAAACCUACAAACUCAAUUUCGACUCACUGCGAAUCAUUAUGACGUCAUCGACUGACAUGCCACAUUUGGCCACCCUUAUCUUCGCUCUCUUCAUCCUACAAUCUGCAACAGCUGUCCAGAGUAGGACACAUCGAUCGCCAGAAAUAGACGGAUUACCAUAUCCUCAUAAUCUACCAGAAAGACUAAGAAUCGUCCCUCAUGAAAUGUCACCAAGAAUUGAGUACAAAGUAGCAGGACCUAAUAACUUAGGAAUGGCUUUUUAUCAGUCGUCGCAGCCAAAGAUCGAGGACAGAGAGCCAUCCACUGAUCAUCUGGCAAAUCGUGUGCCAGAUAGUUGGAGGGUCAUCCCACGUGAAAUGGAACCACCAAGGAUUGAAAUGCAAUUGAUGAAAGAACAUGUACCAAAAACCGGAGCAAACCGGAUCAGCCUUGAAUAUACAUUUUCGGAUAAUUAUGGAAAUUCCGAACCGAUAUCGGAGCUUCGAAAUAAUGUUAACGGAAACGAUGGAUAUAAAGUAUCUCAAAGUCAAAACAGUCGUAAAAAAACCAGUCGCUUGGGACUUGAUUCUAGAACAAUCGUCGACGUCCCUUUUAGGCCGUGUCCACCCGGUCAGAGAAGGAACUACAAGGGAGUCUGUACAAAAGUUUAUUAGGCCGAUAUCCAAAAACAAAUUUACUUUUUUUUAUGAAAUAAAUUAAUUCACAAAAUACGUAAUGUCUUCUUGAUAUGUACGAUCGAUCAUGAAUUCCCAGACCUUAUCUCAAAGUUCAGUGUAUUGAUAAAAGCAAUCAUUGCUUCCUAUUUACAAAUUGAUAGAUGAUUUUCAUGUUUCGUGUUUAUUAAAUUAAAUUAAAUUGAAUAAUUUACUUUAUAAUAAUAGUGUAAUAUUUUGUUCCAUAUAUGUAUAUAAUUAGCAAUUAGAGGUUGCGUGUGGUGCCAAUUAAUUAAUUACCACAAAGCAUAGUCAUUACUCAGUAUGAAGUAAUAUACGUAAUGACGGAAUCUUCCAUUUCUGACGCAUCAUAAGUAACACGAUAAAAAUCAACGAAAUGUUAUGAGAACACUGGAAGAUUAUACUGCCGUUCUGUAGAAUUAGCUCAAUUGUCCUAAUUAAGAUUUCGAAGUAGUUAUACGACAUAUCUCUUGUCGACAUAUAUUGAUUUAAAGAAACAGAAAUUGACUGUUAUUGCAACAUACCUACAUACGGUAAAUGUUUCGAACUUGUAAAUAAAUAUCUCUCUAUCCUGAAAACCUUUUGCCAAACAAACCUAUUCGCGACCAUAAUAAAAGCAGCGAAAUGUAACUCGCGAAGGCUUAUAAAACUAUUCGUGAGGAACGACGUUCACGAGUUCGUGAAUUCUAAUCAGUAUGGAUCGUGGUCAGUUAUCAAGAAUGACGAUCGUUUCUUUUUAUAGUGUUAAAAUCACGAAAGUAGAAAGAUGGGGAGUGAGUUUCAAGGCGACAGAAAACUGUUUAUAAACCUAAUGUGGUUUGUAGAACCCUACAGUUAAAAGUUUUCAACUUGUGCUCGUUCAUGUUAAUUCUUUUCUUCUGUUAGUCUUUCGAACACACAGAACGUAAGAAUUAUUCUCAGAAGCUAAGAGUUCAAUAUAUCUAUUCAUCGACUUGGACUCAUCGUCAACAACGAUAUCUAAAAUUUAUAUUUCAGUCCGGAUCAAAUCCUUAUCUAGUCACGAUGAAGAGCUCAUUGAUUGGCAUGUCACGAUUGACCAACGUUCUUCUGAUUCUCCUUCUAAUGCAAUUUUCGAUUAGCAUCGAAGGUAGAAAUCGUCGGUCAGCAGAAGUUGACGAUAGAAUGGCAGAAGCUAUGAAUUUACCAGAGGGUCUGAGGAUUGUUCCUCGUGGAGGGCCACCAAAGAUCGUAGACAGAAACGCUGCUAAUCUCGCUAAUUAUUUUGGUAUUGAUUCUAGACAUAUUAUCCAGGUACCUCCACGAGCAUGCCCUAAAGGUCAACAACUAGACUAUAACAAAACAUGUAAGGUUGUUGUGACGCCGAACGAUGGUUCAGAUUUUUAGAACUUCAUUUACUUCAUUUACUUCAUUGUUAUUUAGAGAAAUACACUUUACCAAUUGAAUUUUUUGUCCACAUCUAAUAAUUUAUAAAAUAUUCAAUAAAAUAUUUAAUUUUAA